AUGGAAAGUGAAAACGAAAUUGAUCAGUUUGGAAGACCAUAUCCAGCUAAACAAGGAGGCUACCAUAUAGCCCAAUUCUCCUUUUGGCUAGAGCUAUGCAAAUGUCUUCCAAUGCUAACUGAGAAGUCGGAAAACUAACUCCCUGGUGGUAAAUCUCUGUAUCAAGUGGAUUUGUCAUAUGGAGAGAUUGGUUUAACUAACAAAUAUUGGUUUCCCAGCUCUCUGAUUAGUCAGAGAUAUCGACAUAGCUCAAGCCAAAAGGAGACUUGGACUAUAUUCCUCAGCUGGCAGCUGAUUCAGUAGUUAUAAGGUUAAAUCCAGGAGGUUUUCAUGAAGUUUUACUUGUAACACGUGGUCAUUUUCCUUAUGUAGGGAAAUUAGCUUUCCCAGGAGGACGAAUCAAUUAUAAUGAAGAUCCCAAAGUUGGCUGCUUAAGAGAAUUGAAAGAAGAAUGUGGAAUUGAAGGAAAGAUUUUAGAUCUUCUGACCGUUCAAGGAGAUCCUCAGAGAGAUCCAAGAGGACAUGUUAUAAGUGUUUUUUAUUUGGUAGAAGUAGAUGCCAACGCUCAGAUAGUUGCUGGAGAUGAUGCAACUCAAGCAAGAUUUUAUGCCUUGGGCCCAAUGUUGGAAAGUCCAAACUUACUUGCAUUUGAUCAUCAUAAGAUUUUACAGAUUGCUGCUAGCCGCUUGCCAGGCCGAUAUCUUAACUUAACUUAAAUUUACAGGCGUCCGCCGUAGUGUUGACGCAGUCACCAAGGACCCAUUAUUAGGGUUCACCUGCUUUGCGGUAUAGUCCAAACUGAUCAUAUAAAUCAGUCACCAGGACAUACACCUACUCCUUCCCACGCGCGUGAGCCGUGGCUUAGUGUUGAGUGGGCGGGCUAUGGGCUUCUGCGGCUGCUGCUUGGGUUACGAGAGUUGGCUCUCUAGAAAUUCCAAAAAAUGGAAUUUCUGGUCACCUUUCGGCAAAAAGGAAAUCUUCAAGUCCUGGGACGUAACGCCCAGUUUCACGCUAGGUAGUUGCCCGAAUGGUCUAGGCAUUGCCUGUAGACUCUGCUGGGCUUACCCUUUCCAAACCUGAGGCACCUUUUCCCUCGGGGGAAAAUCCAUCCUGGUGGUUGAGCAUGGGCCAGGCUCUGCACUGCAGAAUUGCUUACCAUGGCAUUGUUGCUCAUUUCCGGAAUGGCAAAACCUUGCCGGAUAUAAUUAAAAUAUGAGUCGAGUGUGUGUGGCCGGAGGCACACCUAAACGAAGACGCCAUAUUUUAAUUAUGCCAGGCCGAUAUCAAGUUUAA